AUGUUUGCCUUCCUGAUCUGCGCGCUGACAGCCGUCAUGGCCUUCCAAGUUCAAUAUCGAGGACUCGAGACUGGGCAUCGGUUGGGCUUCAGAGGUCUAGAACAGCCCGCGAAAGAAGUCUGGCCUCAUGCAGACACUGCCUUUGAGGUCUUUGACAUAUUCUUCGGGGUCGCAUUCACCAUCGAGCUGGUCCUAAAGUUCGUGGCGAGCGUCUGUGGCUUCUUCAAGGACGGCUGGAAUCUCCUCGACGGACUCGUUUUAGCGAUCUGGUAUUUGGAGCGGGUGACCUCGACAGCUUUCCCGCUGGAUCCGAUGAUCUUGCGCCUCUUCCGCCUGUCGCGCCUCAUGCGCAUGGUCAGGCUGGUCAAGAUCUUCGAGCAGUGCGAUGCCUUGUACCUGAUGCUGACCUCCAUCCGUGCCUCGUUUGCUGCGCUGGCCUGGUCGAGCGCACUUCUGGUGCUGACUCCCGACAUGAAGAUACAGAUGAUGCUUGCUCUAGCGAUGGUGACAUUGGUGGAGCCAUACCUGACAGACCCGAGCAGUGCAGGAGAUGCGCACAAGUUGAUGCUCGUGUGGCUAGUUAAACAGUUAGAGCCAGGGAGCGUCAUGGAUGUCAUUACAUGGGUUGGAGACUGGUCAUGUCGAGGAGACAGGCAUGCUGUGUACCAAUACUAUGGAACCUUCACACGUGCCAUGCUUACGUUGUUCGAGACUUGGCUGGGUUGUGAAGCAGUGCUGCCCAUGACGCGCUUUCACAGACAUAUGCAAGUCAACGAGGAUGUGUCCUUCGCAAGAGCCAAGGAAAUUACGCUGGGCAAUUUUGUCCCGGUAACCCGCCUCAUGAUGAGUGACGUGUCUGAGAUCUACGUUGUGUUUGCGCUGGUUCACAAGCUUGUGAUCGGCUUUGCGGUGGUCAUGGUCAUCACGGGUGUCUUCAUCCAAGAGACGGUGACGGUGGCACAAACCGACAACACGAUUAUGCUUACUCAGAAAGAGCGGGCGCUCAACUUGCACAUGGCCAAAAUGACCGCCUUGUUCAAAGCUGCCGACUUUGACGAGAGCGGCCGUCUGGACCGCGGCGAGUGGUUACAGGUGUGCGAUGACUACUCCGUACAGCUGUGGCUGGCCGCUAUGGGUCUGGAUGUGAGCAAUGCCGCUUUAGUCCAUGAGCUGAUAUGUGCUGCAACUGGGUUGGAGGACCUUUCCGCAAAGGAUCUGGUAAUGGGUGUGGCGCGUCUUAAAGGCGCUGCCAGAAACAUUGACAUGGCACUCUUCCGGAAGGAGUUCCUUGCGACCUCAAAGGUCGUGGAGGAGAUUCAGGAAUGCGUGUCUUGGGUUGUCUCAGGUAGUUUGCCAGGCUGUCUACUGACAAGAUGCAGCACUCACAUGGUUCGCAUGGCUUGUGUUUCGAUGCUCGUGCGCUGA